AUGGCUGAAUACACACUACUCUAUGGACAAUUUGUCAUUCGCUAUCCUGACCUCCCGAAGCAGGGCCCUGAGCCUGAUGGCGAUACAAUGAAGUUCGCACCAGCUGAUCAAGACCUGGUGUGGAAGAAGAUUACACGAAGGUCGGGCAGACCACCAAAGAUCAAUCGUCGCGGUAUCUCCGUCCGCCUUGAAGCUAUCGAUGCACUAGAGACGCAUUUCAACGGCACUCAUCAGGAACUCGAUGGAGGCGAAAAAGCUCGUGACACGCUGUUGGCAAAGCUUGGUUUCACAAAUAUCAAGUACUGGGGGGAGCAUCUUCACAACAAAAUCCAGUCUGCCGAUCAAGAUAGUCUUCCUGGAUUCGUAUUGUCCAACGGUAUUGAUGCGAAUGGGAGACUCAUCGGCUUUGUGUACAGUGGUAACGAUGGUCCUGGCGAAGAUGGAGCAACAGUCACUGUCGAUAAUAAACUCAUUGACAAAUCGGUAAAUACGAAGCUGCUGUCGGAUGGUCUGGCCUUCCCAGCCUUUUACGGCACAUUGCCAUCCAAACUACGGGAUCAUCUAGUGACCAAGUCCAAGGCUGCUCGAACUGCAGGAAAAGGAAUCUUGCCGCGCGCAACAGGCCUCCCGAAACGACCUGCAGAGGUUACUGACUUGGAAUCGCUGACGAUAUCGGUCAUCUGGCCAAAGUUAUCCCGUCGCCUUGUCGUCUUCCUCAAGGAGACAGGCCCUGGACUUGAAGGAUUUGAAGCGUGGCUUCGAGAGGACGGUGUUGAUCGUGAUGAUAAGAUGUUUCGGCUUGAUACGAAGGAGAAUGUUCGUUUCCACGACAUACUGACCAUCAAGGGGGAUACAAUUGCGCUCACUGUCCAGCCUGAGGUAAUUGUUAUUGAACCUGAUCCAGCUGACGGAUCUGGGCGAUGA